ACGGCGGUAGCGAUGGUGAUCCCGGCGACUCCGAGAACCUCGAGGAGUUGAAGUAUGAUCCAGCCGACGACCGCUACCCCCGCGGGCUAGAAGGGAAGAAACUCCUCUGGGGCGCCUCGAACGCUGGCCCGCUGCGCCAUGGGCUUGAGAGUGGCCGCACGCGGAAGCAGACCCGGGAGAUGCAAGGUGCCGGGGAGAUGCCGGGGUCCGGAGAAACACCUGGACCCGGAACAGGCAUUGCUGGUGACCAUCCUGGAAACUGGCGGGACGGGGAUUGUUGAGGACUACAUCUGCAACUCGCUUGUGAAGGAGCAGUGGGACGAGGAGCAGACACGCCGUAUGGAGGAGAUGUACAGGCGCGAGAUGCAGGAGGUGUUGGGCCCGGAACAGCAGGCGUUCGGGGCCGAGGUCGACGCCAGCGGGUCUUCGCAACCACUCCCAGACCCACAGCUAAGUAUGACCUCGCCAAUCGGGCAGAAGCCGAGUGAUGUGGAAGCAGUACCGAUGACGUACAAGGAUGUGAUGUGUUCCAAGUACAAGGUUUUCUGGGAGGCGGCCAUGAAGAAAGAGAUAGAUGGCCACGACAAGACUGGAACCUUUACCAAGGUCAAGGAGCUGCCCGAGGGGCGGAAGGCCAUAGGUUCAAAGUGGGUGUUCUCUUGGAAGACGAAUGAGAAGGGCCUGAUAGUCGACUUCAAGGCCCGUAUGGUUGCGCGGGGUUUUUCUCAAAUCCCCGGCAUCGACUUCCACCACUUAUCCUCAGCGUGCCCGUCUGCAGCGUCUAUCAAGACGGUGAUUGCCGUAGCCACUGUAAAGGGCAAGAAACUUGCUCACUAGGAUGUGAAGCAAGCGUACAUCCACGCUAAGCUAAAAAAAGAAAUAUACCUCAGGUUCCCGAAAUCCUGUGGUAGCAUGUCUGGCAAGGUGGUCAAGGUUGAGCGUGCGCUGUAUGGCCUAAAACAGAGUGGCCGUGAGUGGGGGUUUGAAGCUGCCGAUGCCCUCAUCGAGAACGGAUACGAGCAGUGCAGGGUUGACCCGUGUGUCUGCCGGAAGGUGGUGGAUGGAGAGGUCAUAGGUCUCAUCGUGAUCUACGUUGAUGACUUCUUAGUGGCGGCAGACGAGGGAGAGCGAGAGGAGUUGUUCGCUUCCCCAACAAGAAGUUUCCGGUGAAAGAUCUGGGGGAGUGUACCUGGUACGACGGGUGUGCUAUCGCCAUGGAUGUGGAAAAUGGCAUCACCAAGCCAUCCCAGACAGCAUACAUUGAGAGUAUGCUGAAGCGGUUUUGAUGUGACCACGACCGCUUUCACCCCUGCUGCCACCGAUGCCGACCUAGGGCCGAAGAGAGAU